AUGGCAGGCCAAGACAAGAAAAAGUCCAAGAAGGGCGGCAGAGGUCAAGGCGAAGCCGGCAAGGUGAUCACCGACCCUCGUUUUGCCAGCAUUCAGUCCGACCCACGUUAUCGCCUCCCCAGCAAGCGUCAGACCCAUGUCAAACUCGACAAGCGGUUCGCGCACAUGCUUGAUGAUGAGGACUUCUCUCACAACGCCCCCGUUGACCGUUAUGGACGCAAAUUGGCUCGGGAUGAUACUAAGGAGAAAUUGAAGAAGUUCUACCGAUUCGACGAAGACGAAGACGACGAGGAUGAUGAUGAGGAUGAAAAGGCCGACGAUAACAUCAGUAUCGACGACGACAACGAGGUUCAAAAAGAAUUGAAGCGGAUUGACGCUCGUGGCUACGAUCCUGCUCGCGACGGUGGCUUCUCUGAUUCAUCAUCUGAAGAUGACAGCUCAAGCGAUGAAAGCGACGAAGAAGAAGAGGCAGAGAAUGAAGAGGAGGAACUGGAAUUCCCAGACAAACAACGAGCGGAUGUCCCUCUCGGAGAAGUCACCGACCGGAUAGCCGUUGUCAACUUAGAUUGGGACAAUAUUCGAGCUGAGGAUUUGAUGACUGUAUUCUCAAGUUUCUUGCCAGCUGGCGGCCGUUUGCUGAAGGUUUCUGUCUACCCUAGCGAAUUCGGACGGGAGCGCAUGGAGAGAGAAGAAAUCGAAGGUCCCCCCAAGGAGAUUUUCGCCAAGAAGGCCGAGGAGGAAAUCGAGGAGGAGGAGGAACUUGAUUCUGAAGAGGAGGAGGAGGAGAUUAAAAAGUCAAUGCUGAAAGGUGACGAUGGCCAAGAAUUCAACACCACACAGCUGCGACGCUAUCAACUUGAACGACUACGCUAUUACUAUGCCGUUCUUACAUUCUCCUCCAAGGAUAGUGCCAAGCAUGUCUACGACCUUGUGGACGGCGCCGAGUAUCUGUCCAGCGCCAACUUCUUUGACCUUCGUUUCGUCCCCGAAGACACCGAUUUUGAUGACGACAAGCCGCGAGAUGCCUGCACCCGUAUCCCUGACGGCUACAAGCCAAACGAGUUUGUGACAGAUGCUUUACAACACAGCAAAGUCAAGUUGACUUGGGAUGCGGAUGACAAGUCACGGAAGGAGGCCCAAGCACGCGCAUUUCGAGGUUCACGACAGGAAAUUGAGGAAAAUGACCUGAAAGCAUACCUGGGAAGCGACAGCUCCGACAGUGAAGAUGAGGAAGAUGGCGGCGUGGAGGUCGUUGACAACACUAUGGACCAAGGUGCAACCACCAAAUUGUCCAAGCGGGAAGCAGAGAGACAACGCAUGCGGGCUUUGCUAGGCCUGAGUGCAGAACCCGCCCCUUCAUCCAAGUCUAAGGGUCCUGUCGGCGAGAUGGAAGUUACGUUCACAUCUGGUCUCGCGGGUGCUAAGGGCAAGGACAGUAUUUUCGAAAAUGAGCCAGAGAUUGAGGAGAGCACAGUCGAUAAAUAUGUGCGAAAGGAGCGUGAGCGCAAGAAGAGACGAAAGGAGAAGCUCAAGGCCGGUAAACAGAGCGGUGACGCCUCUGCGGAAGCCAAAGAUGCAGCGGACCCCAGCGACAAUGAGGAGCCUGCUCCAGUCGAGGCCGCAGCCGAGGAAGAUCUUGGCUUCAACGAUCCGUUCUUCGAUGACCCUAGCGAGAAAGCUACUAUCGCAUCUCGUCGUAAGGAGGAGAAGCGCAAGAAGCGCGAGGAGCGUGCUGCUCAAGAAGCUGCCGUGGCUUCUCAACGGGCUGAGCUUGAACUGCUGAUGGUGGACGACACCAAGGCUGGUAUCAAGCACUUCGACAUGAAUGAAAUUGAGAAGGCCGAGAAACAACGACGAAAGAAGGGCAAGGGUAAGGGCAAAAACAAGGAGCCGGCUGUUGCGGAUGACUUCAAGUUGAACACCGAUGAUCCUCGUUUCGCAAGUCUUUUCGACAGUCAUGAGUUUGCUAUUGAUCCUACCAACCCGCGCUUCAAGGCAACAUCUGGUAUGCAGGCCUUGUUGGACGAGGGUCGCAAACGCCGGCGUAACCAAGAUGAUGGUGAGGCUGAGAUAACGCCCGCUGCUCAAGACCGCAAAAAGAAGCAGAAGAAGUCAUCCAAAGCAUCUGGCUUGGAUGAUCUCAAGAACUUGGUUAACAAGGUUAAGCAACGAUCAAAAGCUUGA